CCCGGCGCCGCGCCCUUAGGAGAGCGGCACCCACGGCCAAUUACCAUGGCAACCCCAGGGCUUGUUCCACUUCCCCACCCAGCCAUCCCCCUCCUCCCGGCGCCGCAGCCAACCCGCUGGUGUGAGUCCCAAGAGCGCGCUAUAAAAACUGGCGCGGUGGCGCGGGCCGAGCGGCCACUCGCAACCCGGGGAGCGACAGGCAGCGACAGCCGGGCGCCCAACGUCUCCCUUCGGUCCGAGCGCCCGCAGAACGCCCGAGCAUGCCGAGCGCGCCGCGCCUGAGCCUCUGCCUGCCCAAGCAGCGCCUUCGCCUGGCCUUUCUGCUGCUGCACAGCCUGGGCCAGGUCGCCUGGGCUCAGCACUGCCCAUCGCCGUGCCCCGAGCGGUGCGCCACCACCGCGCCGCCGGCCUGCGCGCCCGGCGUGCCCGCCGUGCUGGACGGCUGCGCCUGCUGCCUGGUGUGCGCCGGCCAGCGCGGCGAGAGCUGCUCUGAGCUGCGGCCCUGCGAGGAGAGCAGCGGCCUAUACUGCGACCGCAGCGCUGACCCCAGCGCACAGACUGGCAUCUGCAUGGUGCUGGAGGGCGACAACUGUGUGUUCGACGGGGUCAUUUACCGCAGUGGAGAAACCUUCCAGCCGAGUUGCAAGUACCAGUGCACCUGCAGAGAUGGGCAGAUCGGCUGUGUGCCACGCUGCAACCACGACCUGCUCUUGCCCCGGCCUGACUGCCCUGCUCCAAGAAAAGUUGAGGUGCCCGGGGAAUGCUGUGAAAAGUGGAUCUGUGACCCCGACGAGGAUGAGGGAUUGGGAGGCCUCGCCCUACCAGCUUACAGACCAGAGGCCACCCUAGGGGUUGAAGUCUCCGACUCAAGUAUCAACUGCAUUGAACAGACCACAGAGUGGAGCGCUUGUUCCAGGAGCUGCGGCAUGGGCGUUUCCACUCGGGUCACCAACAGGAAUCGGCAGUGUGAGAUGGUGAAGCAGACACAGCUCUGCCUGGUGCGUCCCUGCCAACAAGAACCUGAGAAACCAACAGAUAAGAGAGGAAAAAAGUGCCUGCGCACCAAGAAGUCACUCAAAGCCAUCCACCUGCAGUUCAAGAACUGCACCAGCGUGCACACCUACAAGCCCAGGUUCUGUGGCGUCUGCAGCGAUGGCCGGUGCUGCACCCCGCACAACACCAAAACCAUCCAGGUGGAGUUCCGGUGCUUCCCAGGACAAAUGGUCAAGAAGCCGGUGAUGGUCAUCGGGACCUGUGCCUGUCACACCAACUGUCCUCAGAACAAUGGGGCCAUCCUCCAAGAGCUGGAACCCAAUGACAGCAGAGGGGAGAUGUAGACACUGUCCCUGCGAAGCUCACCUGCAGAGGCCAGGUGUAGCUCCUGCAUGACCCACCACCAGGUGACCAGAAGAACCCACCUGUGCAUCAUGCGUCCAGCAGUGAUGUGAGAACCCUUAUACCUGCCCUUUUUCUCCCCCUUAUCAAACAAUAUCAUAAACUGUAAACUUUGAAUGAAAGUAAGCUCACAAUAUGGCUUCAGGAUGACUUCCCUUUCGGUGGUGUGUUUUUUUCCAAUGCGAAUGCCUAUGCUUUUGAGAAAUCAGUUAUCUGUUUUACUUUGUAGCAUAUAUCUCUUACACUCAUGUUAUAUUGUGUAGACAAUCGCCACUCCCAGGAAGCGUCACGCUAAGAAACCGCACAAUAAUGCUCGCAAGCAUAUUGAACGUGCCGUCCCGCAAAUGUCUCUCCAGGCAUAUAUUAAGGUCUGAGUUGAGGAUGCUUGGUGGAGAUUUCCUUCUGGGUACUCAAUGCUGAACAUUCCAGAUUAAGAUCCGAGGUAACAGAGAGCUCUUUGACUUGAGAUUUAAGUUAGUCUGUGGAUCCAUUUUUGGUUCACUAGAUGAUGCCGUAUGUGCAGUGAUGGCAAGUUUGUUCAUUAAAUAAUGACUGUCAAAAAUGGCCAGAUUGACUCCUCUCCAUAGAAAGAAGCCAGUCAGAGAACUCUGCUUUGAACCAAGCGGGCUGGGACCUUCCUUGCAUUUCUUUGUCCUGGAAGCGGCGGCUUUUUAAUGCAGCAGCAGAGGAGGGCAUCCGUAGGAACCCUCUCAUCUUAGGGUUGAGUAAACUGAGUUCUGAAGCACUUCAGUUAUUCAGUCUUAAGCCCUGAUACUUUUCAAUGUUCUUUGGAUGGAAUUUUGAGUACGAGCAAAUUCAGUUAUUUGGUGUGCAGCCACCACCAAGUCCGUGUGUUUAGAAGCAUCUUAUUGUUGUUGGGUGCCAUCCAGUAGGUUCCAACUCAUGUGCAACAGAAAAUACUUGUUACAACCCCGUGGACCACAAAGCAAAGCACUGCCUGCCCCUGUGCCACGCUCAUCAUCAUGGUCAUGUUGCAGCCCCUGGCUGCAGCCGAUCCAUCUUGCCGAAGGGCCUCCUCUUUCCUACUGCCCCUCUAAUUUACCAUGCCUGAUGUCCUUGCCCAGAAACUGCCCUCUCCCGGUGGCAUGUCUAAAAUAUCGUAGACAUGCCCAAAACUUACCCUCGGGCCAGAAUGAUGAAAACUCGCAAACAUGAUCUAUGUGUACAGAAACAUGUAUCUCACUUGUCAGGAUGCACGAUAGGCUACCAAAUGACACCUGUACAUUUCUCUAAUGUCAUCAUUAAAAUAUUUAUGUAACUUAAACUGUACAUUUUGUAAAAUAUUCUUUUUAACUUCUGUACUUGCCCGACAGCCCAAAAUAAACCUGGUCUUAUCGGCGUGUGA